AUGCAAACCACUGUUGGUGACCUCAUCAACCACUUGUCUCAACUAGACCUGUCCACGGUCAUGGUUCUACCUCCUAGUCUCUCCGCACUCGUUGCUGGCACGACCACUCCCAUUCCCGCCCCUGCCGCAGCUCCUGCUGCCGUUGUUGCUCCUGCUGUGCCACCAGUUGCAACGACGGCAGCCACGCAAGGACCAGGCGUUCCGUCUCCAACGGUUGGAACCUUACCAAUUACAGCAUUUGCCGCAGUCUUCCGGUGCCCAACCUGCGACGCCGUUCAUUUCAUGACCCCGAUCAACAAUCCCCCAGUCUCAACCUCGCCCCCACACACCACAGCCUCUCCCGCUCCGGCGGUUGUUCCAGCGCCGCCCAGCACUCCUGCCCCGGCGGCCCGAAGCACUACAGUCUCUCCCGCUCCGGCGGUUGUUCCAGCGCCGCCCAGCACUCCUGCCCCGGCGUCCCGAAGCACUACGGUCUCUCCCGCUCCGGUGGUUGUCCCAGCGCCCCCCAGCACUCCCACUCCCACUCCUGCCAUUCCGUUGCUUCCCAGCACUCCCUCUUUUCCUUUGAUGAGCGCGGCCACCAGCUCAAACUUUGGCACGCCACCAAGCACCCCUGGCCACGCAUUGUCCUCGACUGCAGGCAACAAUGGUCGUUGGUACGCCGUUACUUAUGGUCGACAGAUCGGGGUGUUCAGGGACUGGUAUGGCAUCGUUGAGCCCCUCGUCGCGAACGUGCCUCAUUGGAAGUGCAGGGGCUUCAGUACUCUAGCCGCUGCUACUGCCCACUUCAAUGAACGCGUCAAUGCCGGAGCUGCUGGGAUCUAUGUUGACUAG